AGAAUAUCUCGUUUUUCAAGCCAUACUUCAUCAUCAACGGUAUUUCUAGCGGAACACUACCGGACGUUGAACUUCUGGGUACUACUGAAGGGACAGCAAUGUCAGUUUGUGCAAAAAGAAAUCAAUCAGACCUUAACCAGUUUGAAGAACGAAACAUACAAACAAAUUGGUGUGAGAGGUUUCAGAUGCGAGGAACGCUUCUUGGACGAUCCUUUAGAUGAAGAGAAGAAAGGGUUGCCUGAUAGGGCUUGUACAGAAGGGAAAGAAUCAACGUCAUCGCAAGAAGAUUUAAAAGCACUGUCUGACGUAGUGAUCGCUCCGAUUUCACACUUGAUAAAAGGUGACGAGCUUAUCAUUGUCCCCGAUGGUCCGUCGUUCUUGAUUCCUUACGCUGCCCUGGUAGACCAACAUUCCAGAUUUUUGUCUGAAACACUGAGAAUUCGCAUAGUUCCAUCUCUAAACAUUUUAAUGCUUUUGGCAGAGUGUCCGGAAAAGUAUCAUAGUUCAUCUGGUGCACUGCUUGUUGGCAAUCCGUGGGUCGAAACUGUGCGCCUCAAAGGCUGCAGACCGUUUCCGCAGCUCCCUGGUGCCGAGGAAGAGGUAAAAAUGAUUGGACAGAUACUUAACACUGAGCCCCUCACUGGAAAGAAAGCCUCAAAAGAUCAAGUGUUAAGCAGGCUCAACUCAGUGUGCUUAGUCCAUAUCGCAGCUCAUGGUCGAGCCGAAACCGGGGAAAUUAUCUUGUCUCCUAAUCUUCCUGGUCCCCAAAGGCCCAAAGAGGAAGACUUUCUUUUGACAAGGGCAGAUGUACUAAACACCAAAUUGCGCGCCAAGCUUGUUGUCCUGAGCUGCUGUAACAGUGGGAGAGGGGAGAUCAAAUCAGAAGGCGUGGUUGGAAUUGCACGUGCCUUUCUAGGAGCUGGUGCGCGUUCUGUUAUUGCUUCUCUGUGGUCAAUUGACGACAAGGCCACUCUGGCGUUUAUGAAAGUCUUUUAUGAACAUUUGGCGGCAGGGCAAAGCGCAAGUAUGUCCCUCCAUCAGGCCAUGAAAUGGAUGCAAAAGUCUAAACUUUUCAAAGCGGUUAAGCACUGGGCACCAUUUAUGCUGAUUGGCGAUGACGUGACAUUGACUCUGGGCCAACAAAGGUGA